ACCUGCAGGGAUGAGAGCAGCGGGUCCGGGAGGAUUCCUGAUGCUGCCAUGGCCCGGGGGCAGCGGCAGUGAGUCGGAACCGGAGAUGGAGCCGGGGCCAGGGGAGGAGGGCCGGGGAGGCCUGCUGCUGAGAUGUGGAGCUCUGCUGGGACUCACUCUGAUCUGUGUGGCGGUGUUGAGGAAGUGGAUUGCAGGUGGAGUUUGUCGUUGUUCGGUUCGUCUGGACGGAAAGACGAUUCUGAUCACCGGAGCGAACACUGGCAUCGGCAAAGAGACGAGCAGAGAUCUGGCACGCAGAGGGGCCCGGGUGGUGAUGGCGUGCAGGGAUCUGACCCGGGCAGAGCGGGCGGCGGAGGAGAUCCGACGGACGACAGGAAACGGUAACGUGGUGAUCAGACACCUGGACCUCGCUUCGGUUUACUCCGUCAGACAGUUCGCUAAAGACUUCCUGGACAGUGAAGACAGACUGGACAUUCUCAUCAACAAUGCAGGCGUGAUGAUGUGUCCAAAAUGGUUGACAGAAGACGGCUUUGAGACUCAACUUGCUGUCAAUCAUCUGGGUCACUUCCUGCUGACCAAUCUGCUGCUGCCAAAGCUGAAGAGCUCCGCCCCCAGCCGAGUGGUCAACGUGUCGUCCAUCGCCCACCGGGGGGGUCGUAUUGACCUCGACGACCUGUUCUUCAGCAGGAGGACGUACAGUUCUCUGGAGAGCUAUCGACAGAGCAAACUGGCCAACGUCCUGUUCUCCAGAGAACUCGCCCGACGACUCAGAGGUUCUGGAGUGUCGUCGUUCUGUCUCCAUCCGGGUGUGAUCCGGACUGAGCUGGGUCGUCAUGUUCACGGCUGGUUCCCCCUGCUGGGGGCGCUGCUGAGCCUCCCCUCCCUGCUGCUCAUGAAGACGCCCGCUCAGGGCUCCCAGACCACGGUUUACUGCGCCGUGACGCCGGGUCUGGAGGAACGGUCUGGACGAUACUUCAGUGACUGUGCAGAGAAGGAAGUAGCCCCAGAGGGACAGGAUGAUGUGGUGGCGAGGAAGCUGUGGGAGGAGAGCUCCCGAUUGGUUGGAUUAAAGGACACAUGCUGACCUCUGACCUCUGACCCUGAUGUCUGCGCGCAGUAGAAAAAGAGGAAGGGAAGGAUCUUCAGAUGAUAGCGCCCCCAUCAGAUCUGACAGAAGAAGAGACGACAACAAGCAUCAGUAAAAUGUUCACUGUGGUUGACAACGACGAGAGCCAAUCAGAGGCAGCCUGCAACAGAGUCCAGGAUCUGAGCAAUACCACUAAUAUUAAUAUUAAUAAUCAAUACAGCUUUAUUUCUUUGCAUUAGUAAAUCAAUAUUAGUGAGUGUGUCAGAGUUGUGUGUUAUUGUUUGAAGAAUUAGUUUUUUUCUGUCAAUUUAUUUUCCAUAAAAACAUGGAACUAAAACUUUAUUAAACAGCUGUGAAGGUGUUAUUUAAAGAAAAUAAAAGUUCAUAGUGAUGUUAUUGAAAAUAGAGUCAUUGAGUGACUGGACUGAGAACAUGGUGUCUGACUGGAGAGUGUUUUACUGUGACCUUUGACCUGUGUGCAGGUCGGAAUGAUUGUUCUUUUAUUUUGAAGAUACAGCUUUCUCAAAAUAAAAUUCAAACACCAACAUGUUUCCUUCCUGUUUUAUCGUUUCCUUUUAUCUUUCUCUUGAUUUUAGAUUUAGAAAAACGAAAUAAGUCGAUCUUGUGAUGAGAUUGUUAAAUGAUGUGAGUUAAAUAAAAGUGAUUGACUCAAA